UGUCCUUUAUCUCUCUUCCCCCUCUCUCUCUAUCCUAUCCAGUUACUGAGUCAGUUAUCAUCGCAAAAACUGAUUCUGAGAAAGAGAAAAUCCAAAUUCCAAACGCAUGGAACUAGGAAUGUCUCUCAACGCUUUACUCCAUCCUCCUCUAUCAAGUUCCUCUUCAACCUUCAACAAAUCCUCCUCCUCCUUCAACCAGUCUCUCUUCUCCAUUCCAAAACAAAUCCCAACCAGAACUCAACAACACCGCCAUGUCUUGGUGGUUGAAGCAAAAGGUAAAAAAGGAAUGGCCUCUCGCCAAUUCCAGCGCCCUCCUCCUCCUCCUUUACCCAAAGUCGAAGACGACGGUAACCCCAAGUUCGUCGUCUUCAUCCGCAUGGCUAAUGUAAACCUCUGGUAUCCUCUCAGUAUUGUUUCCGGCGGCACAACCGCCAAAAUCAUGAUUGCUGCUAAAGAUAACUUUCUCGGCAAAUAUAUCUACAAGGAUACUCUUGAUCGAAAUCUUGCUGCCGUUAUAUACCGAGAUGAGAAGGAGAUACAGACAACUGCAUUCAAACAACAUCCAGUGCUGAAGUCGGCCUCUGAAUUCAGAUAUGGCUAUAAGCUUAUUGUGAAUGGCAAUGUAAAAGCCGCACUUUCUUCAAGUAAUGUUAUUCAGCUUCCUACACCAGAUAAACUAAAAACCGUAGUUGAUCAAGUGAAAGACUUUUUUGAAGAUGUAAAGGAUACCUUUCGGCAGAUAACAUCGUUAGACGCUACUGACGAUACUGAGGAGUCUAAGAAAGAAACGAAACAAAAAUCUAAGGUUAAAGGAUGAUGAAACUAUAGCAGGAAACAAUUUGCUUGAAUUGUUAUGUGCUGCUUGGGGCAGCAUGAGUUUAGAAAGCAAGCUUCAUGCUGUUUGUAGAUUGGUUAAUGGCUGCUUUCUUUGCACAACAAAUGCUACUUGUGUUUUGUUCUUAUACUUGCACUACACCCAACUAAAUUAUGUUCUAAUGAGUGAGCAUCGCUUUUAUGGUGGUGUUCACUCAUAUAUGUUUUGAUUCAUAAUGCAUUGGGAUAGAUAGUUUGUUGAAUGACUAUAAUGGCUUCAGUUUUACUUCAGCAAAUUCUGUACAAAUUAUCAGUUGUACUAUUCAUGCAUUUCAUUUCACAGGAAUUUAUUUUGUUGAUCAAGAAUGUUAUGUAUCA